GCACAUUCAAAAUCGUUGUAUUACGAGACUAUUUCCCGUAGUUAUAAAAAUGUUCGCGAAGGCAAUCAUGUUGACAUUUGUUUAAAGAGGAUAAGUUACUGUAAACGCAUCUAAAUUUCCUGUUAUUGUUCAGACUGCGUUAAUGGCCGAUAUUGUGGAAGAUGUGUUCAUUGAAAAGGACGCAGAGACGAGAUAUUUGCAAUCUCCUUUGGCAAUAUUAACUAGCGAUGCUAGCGUAAAUUUAAAUAAUUUGAAAGUACAGUUAAACGAACAACGCAAGGCGACCGAAGAAAUGGAACAGCUGAUGGCUAAUUUCCAGAAAGAAUCGUUAGAGAAGCAAGAUGCUUUGAGAGCAGAAGUGCUAGAUAAAAAUGAAACGAUAGUAUCUCUGCAAAAGCAUAUAGCUGCGUUACAGGAACAGUAUCGUUUUGCAAACAUAGAGAAACAGUUUAAAGAAGAUAUAAUUAAAGAAAUGCAAAAAGAGCUGAAACUAGAAAAGGCCAAGCGUUUAUACUCCAAUCUACCUUUUCGCGUUUACAAUUAUUCUAACAGCCUUGGUACUGACACUCAAGAAAUGGAGUCUUUCUGUAAAUCAUAUGAGAAAAUUAACGCGCCGAAAGUCUUUUAUACAUUCGCAGAGGAUAAAAAUUACAUUUCCUUGAUGCAAACUCGCAUCGAGAAUAGUAUAAAUCGCAAACGAGAAACUGAAAGUCUGCCUGUAAUAAAGACCAAAGCUAUAAUGACGAGAACGAUAAAUUACUCUCAAACGAAAGUUGAUCUGCGUAACCAUUGGCGCAAUAUCGAUAAAAAGAUCUUGAAAUAUAGUAAAAAUUUAUCAAAAAUUUCAAAAAUCUAACUCCAAUAGUAUUUAGAUUAAACUAUCUAUUGGUAAAUAAAAUAAAUUCUAAUUAAUAAAUUAAACAGUGAAUUAGUUAUGUCGAGUAAUGUUUAAUUGUGUCAAUUGACGAGUAAUGUACAUACAAUUUAAUAAAUAUUGAAAUAUUUAAUAGAAACUUUGAAUGGAAAUAUAUAUCAACAUGAUUGCCCUGUAACACACUUUCUCUCCUAUUAUGCACAAAUACAAAUAUUAUAUUAC